UUCAAUGACGGCACGAGUUGUGCUGUUACGGUGAAAUUGUGUCGUUUUAAUACAAUUGUAAAAUAAUACUGUAACUAUGAGAAUUUGAUAAUUGAAAUUAUUUAAGAUCCUUUCAAACUCAUUGUCGUGAAACGAUAAUUAAACAUUGAUUUAAUUAGAAAAAUGACUACUUAUGAAGAUUUCAUUCAACAAAAUGAAGACCGCGAUGGAGUACGUAUAACUUGGAAUGUUUGGCCUUCUUCGCGUUUAGAUGCCACCAGACUUGUUGUGCCAUUGGGAACACUUUACCAACCGAUCAAAGAAAGACCAGAUCUUCCACCAAUACAGUAUGAUCCUGUUCUUUGUACAAGAUCUACGUGUAGAGCAAUUUUGAAUCCACUGUGCCAGGUGGAUUACCGUGCUAAGCUAUGGGUGUGCAACCUUUGCUUUCAGAGAAAUCCUUUUCCUCCACAAUAUGCUGCUAUUUCAGAACAACAUCAGCCAGCUGAAUUAAUACCGAAGUUUUCGACAAUUGAAUAUACCAUAAUGAGAGCACAAUGCUUACCUCCUAUUUUCUUGUUGGUCGUUGAUACAUGUAUGGAUGAUGAAGAACUAGGUUCCCUCAAAGAUUCAUUGCAAAUGUCACUUUCUCUGCUCCCACCUAAUGCCCUAAUUGGUCUUAUUACAUUUGGAAGAAUGGUCCAAGUUCAUGAACUAGGUUGUGAAGGAUGUAGUAAAAGUUAUGUUUUUCGGGGUACUAAGGAUUUACAACCAAAACAGGUCCAAGAUAUGUUGGGUAUAGGCAGACCAAUGCCGGGUCAAAAUCCAAAUCAACAAAGAGGACCAAGUGGACAACCACUUCCGCCAGCUAAUCGCUUUUUACAGCCUGUACAUAAGUGUGAUAUGAGUUUAACAGACCUUCUGGGAGAAUUACAACGCGAUCCAUGGCCGAUCGGUCCGGGAAAACGUCCAUUGCGAUCAACGGGUGUCGCACUAGCUGUUGCUACUGGUCUUUUGGAAGCCAGUUAUGCUAAUACAGGAGCUAGAAUAAUGUUAUUUGUCGGUGGGCCUUGUUCUCAAGGACCAGGUCAAGUCGUAACAGACGACUUAAGACAGCCUAUUAGAUCUCACCAUGAUAUUCAAAAAGAUAACGCCAAACAUAUGAAAAAGGCGACUAAACACUAUGAUUCUCUCGCGUCACGAGCCGCAACCAAUGGCCACAUAAUAGAUAUAUACUCAUGCGCUCUCGAUCAAACCGGUUUGUUAGAAAUGAGACAAUGUUGUAACUCAACAGGUGGUCACAUGGUCAUGGGAGAUUCUUUCAAUUCAUCUCUAUUUAAACAAACGUUCCAACGUGUGUUCGCUAAGGAUCAUAAAGGCGACUUGAAAAUGGCAUUUAAUGCGACAUUAGAAGUAAAGACAUCGCGAGAGAUCAAAGUUUCGGGUGCGAUUGGACCCUGUGUGUCUCUAGGCGUAAAAGGAUCGAGUGUCGGAGAACAGGAAGUAGGAUUAGGUGGAACGUGUCAGUGGAAAUUUUGUUCCCUUACGCCAUCCACUACUACAGCAUUGUUUUUCGAGGUUGUUAAUCAACAUACUGCGCCGAUUCCUCAAGGUGGAAGGGGCUGCAUUCAGUUCAUCACACAGUAUCAACAUAGUAGUGGUCAACGAAGAAUCAGAGUUACUACGAUCGCUAGAAAUUGGGCGGAUGCAUCAACAUCUUUGCAUCAUAUAAGUGCUGGUUUUGAUCAAGAAGCAGCAGCUGUUCUUAUGUCACGUUUAGCGGUAUUUAAAGCAGAGAGUGAUGACGGGCCAGAUGUUUUAAGAUGGGUCGAUCGAAUGCUUAUCAGACUGUGCCAGAAAUUCGGAGAAUACGCAAAAGAUGAUCCAAACAGUUUUAGACUUGCAGAGAACUUCUCUUUAUAUCCUCAAUUUAUGUAUCAUUUGCGUAGAUCGCAAUUCUUACAAGUGUUUAAUAAUUCCCCCGAUGAAACUAGUUUUUAUAGACAUAUGCUCAUGCGAGAAGAUUUAACAAAUUCUUUAAUAAUGGUGCAGCCAAUUUUGUACAGUUAUGGAUUUAGUGGUCCCCCAGAACCAGUUUUAUUAGAUACUUCGUCUAUUCAACCAGACAGGAUUUUAUUGAUGGAUACUUUCUUCCAAAUCCUUAUAUUCCAUGGAGAGACCAUUGCACAAUGGCGCCAAUUAAAAUAUCAAGAUUUACCGGAAUACGAGAAUUUCAGACAAUUAUUGGCAGCACCUGUUGAUGAUGCCGCUGAAAUAUUAGCUGAACGGUUUCCUGCACCAAGAUAUAUUGAUACUGAACAAGGUGGUUCACAAGCGAGAUUUUUAUUGAGUAAAGUAAAUCCAAGUCAAACUCACAAUAAUAUGUACGCCUAUGGAGCGGAAAGUGGAGCACCUGUCUUAACUGACGAUGUCAGUUUACAAGUAUUCAUGGAGCAUUUAAAAAAAUUGGCUGUAUCAUCUACGGCUUAAAAUGCAGCAAUACGAAAGAUAUUCUCAUUGUUUUGCAUAUGCAAAAUUUAAUGCCUCAGACACUAUGACGAUAAUUGACACCUAUAGUCGCAGUCUAUUAAGGAAGAUAAAAUAGAUACAGUAAGAAUUCCAUUAUAAUGAAAAUAUACGAUUAAUGAAAUAUAUAAUAAUUCCUCAAUAUUUUUUCCGAAGUCAAGAUAUAAUUCAUGUACAAAUAAAAUACAUAGUAUUAAUGUAAUACAUAUUUUACAUCCAUGUUUACAUUUUUUUUAAUGUGUCAUUAAUAUCAUAAAUUAUUUUUCAAGAAUGCUCUUUAUUAUAAAUGUGGUCACCUUCACUUUUUCUUUUGGAAGAUUGUAAACAGUGUAGCAGAACGAAUAAUGGAUUAGAUAUUGUAAACAACAGGUUACCAAAAUGGCAAUCCAGUUUGUAUACUAUGAAUCAUAAAAAUAUAUAAUAUUGUACUAUUUUUUAUUAAUUAAAACUGCAGCUGUUUUAAUAACAAUUUGAAAGAAAUGCAA